AUGGCUGAGCACCCUUCAUUCACUCUCGCUGGUCUACUGGCCGCUGGCGGUACAGCCGGCUACAUCCGAACUCGCUCAACUCCUUCUCUCGUCGCUGGUGUUGGUCUCGGUAUCUCAUACGCUUAUGCUGGCUAUCUCCUCAAGAACAACAAGGACUACGGGUCUGAGCUUGCCCUUGCCAACAGUGUCCUACUGACCGGCUCUGCCGUGCCUAGAAUCAUCAAGACUGGUGGCCGAGCUCCUGUACCGCUUCUUCUUGGUGCUGCGGGUGGACUUGCGACGUAUUAUUACCAGAAGAAGUUCCGUGAGUUUCGGUACGGUGUAUAA